AUGGGUGAGGUGAGGGCUAGCUAUGGGUUAAGGCACGCGAGCUUAGGAGGCAAGCCGGGUGCGUGGGCAAGGAAGAGAGAUUGGGAUUGUUCACUAGGUGUGCGAGUGAGGAAGAGAGACCUACUUAUGGAGGUUGUGCUUAAGGAAGAUUGGGGUACAAGCCGAUGGAAAGCUUCGGUUGAAAAUGAGGUCGGCAAAGGAGGUGUGAGGAGACUCGUAGUGGUUUGUGAUUUGGUGGCUAUGGAAAAAGGUUUCGAGUGA